UCACGGGGAGUGGGAUCUUUUUCAAUUAUGAAUAAUACCAAACCAAACAAGGAGGACAGCGCGUCAACAAACGCGCAAAGGGAGAGCAGCUUGGGAGAGAUGGUAACUUCAUCCCUCCCCAAGCAAACUGGGAGAAACACUCCCCCUGCUGAAGGGAGAGAUGCCUCUCGUCUAGUGAAGGGACCCAGCACUGGGGCCGGUUGGCUGGAGCUAUUUAGCGCCACCGACCUAGGUGCUGGUAACAACCAGAACUCCUCUCCAUCCAAAGGAGGACGAGCUAAGGCACGUGAUAAGGUGCCAAGCAUCUUCCUGGUCAGAUGCGACAAAGAGCCUAAGGCAAGUCCUGGCUCUGACGAGGCGGGCCCGGCCUUCACCUUCAAAAAGAGGCCCGCCGCACAGGAUUACACGGGGCUCACAUAUGUGACCCCGAGCACAUCUAGGGCUUCCUCAAGGACUGCCUCCCCGGUCUCCGUACACUCGUCUUCGGACGAGGCGGGUCGGACCCGGACGAGCAAAAGGCCGCACGGGAAGACAGACGGAAGCAGCAAAAAAUAUGUGCUCUCGUCUGGAUCUGAGGAGGAGCCUCCCCCGAAAACCAGGGGGAGACCCGCAAUAGACCCCCCGCAUAAGGGACAAUAUACGGCGGAAGCCAUGGCCCUCCGCGUCGAGGCCGAACGGGCAAAACAGCUUAAGAAGGACCACAGGACUAUCCUGAACCCCGAGGUUCUGCCCACAUCAGCCCCGGCUAAGAAAGCCAGUGAGAAAGCUAUGGAGCUGGCUAUCGAAUAUGAUAGCCAGGCCACGGCGGCAGUGGCCGCCAUAGUAACAAACGGCCUGUCAAUGCUGGCCAAAUCGGUGGAGCGAUCGGACAAUAUCCAGGGCCCGAUCAGGCGAGACCUAUGGAGAGUAUUCGCGGAGCUGUCCGCAGGUCUCGCCUAAAUAAUAGGCCGAAAGGAGGAAGACGGAAGCGACCAACCCUCCUUAGACAAGGCCAAAGCAGAUUGGCAGGCCUAGAAAAGAAGACUCGAGGGGGACGUGGUAAGGCUCAAGGCCAAAAACACCCUCCUCGAGCUUCAAACGAAUACUGGCGGAACAGGCGGAGCGAAGCAAGCACCCCCCCAGGGUUCACGCUGACCCCUCGAACCGCGCUGAGAUCGACGAUGGCGGAAGCGCCAUUUCGGUCGGUCUUGAGUGGUCGGAUGAUAUGGGCUGGACCGACCCACAUGAGAUCAUCGACGUCGAAAUGGAUGCAGCUCAUCGCAACCUGCCCGGCAACGAGGAAUUUCCGCCUUUGGGACCAGCGUCCCAAGGGAGGAAAAAGAAGAAAAUCAAAAAGAAGGGGAGGCCCACGCUGGAGGAAUUAUACCUCCCCAUCUUUGCGCCGACGCUUAGAGGGGUUCAGCGACAAUUAAACCCCCUCUCGACGGCGGCGGACAGGAUGGUGGCACCGCCCCCCGCCCCCAUGGGGCCGCCGAGGAGCGCCACCAAAAAGGCAGCCUCCUCCGCAAAAACAGGCGACGGAGGAAACGCGAUGGAGGAGAGGGUGCAGGCCAUUCUGGCCAAAAUCCUCCCUUUCAUCUUGGAGGAGUUGGAGGUCGCCUCCGGGAAACGCCCCGCGUCUGGGCACAAUGCGGUCCCUACCGCCUCCCGGAACAUUGGUGGUGGAGAGGAGAAACCGCGGCUCGAUCCCGUGAGGACCCAGGCAGGCCCUCCCGCGAGAUGCCGCCUCCUCCUCCUCCCCCGGUAGCAGCCGCCCCCCACAGAGUGGGCACGACGCAGCCCCAGAUGCAAUCCUGGACGGAGGUUAUCUCCAAGUCGGCCAAAAGGAGGGCAGCCAGGAAGGCCGCCGCCGAAAAAGCCAACGCUACCGCGGCCAAUAGAGGGACUUCCCCUCCCUCCGCUGCUCCCUCGUCCCUUAGAGGGAGGAGGGGAGUAAACCCUCUUCCCCGCCCUCCACAAAAGGGGCGCAAGGGGAACCCUCCGGUUAAAACGGUCGAGAUACGUAUCACCGGGCUGGACGACUCGGCCACCCCCCAAGAGGUGGCCGAGGCUGUGGCCGGGUUGGGAGCAUGUUUCCCCCUGGAUGUUAAAGCCGGGGAGAUUCGCAUGGCUCCCAACGGGCUAGGCACUUGCUGGGUGCGGUGCGCUGCAGCCGCCGGGAAGAAAGGCUUGGCCACCCCGCGUAUAUUAGUGGGGUGGUCCAGCUGCAGGGUCGUACUGCUUCCCUCGAGGGGCCUGCAGUGCUUCAAGUGCCUGGCCACAGGCGCGUACAGAGCAAGUGCAGCAGCUAGAUCGAUAGAUCUGGCUGCUGCUACAGAUGCGGAGGUCUCGGCCACCAAGCCAACGCCUGUCGGGAAAAAGUGGGCUGCCCCACCUGCAAGGAUAAGGGGCAGCCCGCCGACACAGGCCAGGAGAUAAAGGGUGCUUCAUCAACCCAAAGGCGGAUAAAGCACCUCACAGCGGCAAAACCGCUGCCAACAGGCAGCCCUCCCAGCCGCAACAGAGGAAGCAAAAAAUCCCCAACCAGGGGUCCGCCAGGACGGCCGGGGUGGACAAACCCCCCGGCAGGACGGCCCCUGGAAAUGAGGGGGUCCAAGGGGGAAAGGACACCGGGAGCCCUCUCCCCGAGGUAGUGGAGGAGACACAAGGGGACGAGGGUCUGGUAGAGGUGACUAUGAUCCCAGACCCUGUCCUGGAGGUGGCAGAUCCCCCUCCUCUCCCGCAAAGAAGGGCGAGGGAGCCUGAGGAGGCAAGAGCCUCGGAGAUGAAGGUGGAGGAGCCUCAGGGACCGGAACAUGCCCCCUAGGCUCCUCCAGGCCAACCUCAACCACGCCAGGGCUGCGCAAAACAUGCUUGCGCAGUGCCUGGCGGAGGGGGGUGGCGGGCUGGCCAUCGUCGCCGAUCCUUACAGGAUUCCCGAGGGUGACCUUAAUUAGGUCAGUGACACCUCGGGGAAGGUGGCGAUGGUUAGCCAUCACGUGCCGGGCGCUCCGUCGAUGAUUCCGGUAUCCGCAGGCGAGGGCUUCGUUAUGGUCGAGUAUGGACUCAUCGAUGUCCUGGGAUGUUAUCUCCCCCCCCUAGCCUAACUAGGGGGGAGUACGAGGCGGCCCUAGAUGGCAUGGAGAGCGACAUACUCAGUCGCUCUCCAAGGCCUGUCGUCGUGGGGGGAGACCUCAAUGCCCACGCCGUGGCUUGGGGCUCCCCUCGCACAGACGCCAGGGGCCGCCUCGCCCUGGACUUUGCGGCGGGGCUCGGCCUGGUCCUUCUGAACUAGGGCCGGGUCAGCACUUACGUGGGGGCCAGGGGGGAGUCCAUCGUCGACGUGACGUGGGCUUCCCCCAACGCCCUUAACAGGGUAAAGGGAUGGCAAGUGGAGACCGGCUCCUUAGGAGAACUGUCUGAUCAUAGACUUAUCUCCAUGGAACUGGUCUCCCCCCCGCGGAGGUGCGUGAGCAACGCCGCCGCACCCGGGACAGAAAUCGAUGGGUCCUAAGAAAACUCGACCUCGAUGCCCUCGAGGUCAGCUUCCUCGCCUCCACCUGGCCGGAGGGAGGAGUUGACCUCGGAGCCGAGGAGGAGGCGGAGCGCCUAUGUGAGCUGAUGUCGCGUGCCUGCGACGCCUCCAUGCCCCGCAGCAGACCAAUGGCGUGUCGUGCCGCCUAUUGGUGGUCCGCGGAGCUCGCCGAACUGAGGCGGGCUACCGUGGCCGCCAGGCGGGCACACACGCGCGCCAAGCGGCGGGGCAUGGAGGAGGCAUUGAACAGCGCUGCGGCGGCCUUCAGGGAAGCCAGAAAGGCCCUGAGGACCGCCAUAGCGCGGGCGAAGGCAGCGGCCUGGGCGGAGCUGCUCUCCGAGCUGGAUCGCGACCCAUGGGGGAGACCUUAUAAAAUAGUGAUGAAAUGGCUCCGUCCGUGGGCGCCUCCAGUCUCGGAGACGCUAGACCUCCAGUUCCUCAGUGAGGUGGUGGACAAAUUGUUCCCCACCAGGGGGAGGGACAUCCCAGAAAAGACUGGCCCUCUUCCAGGAUGGACCGAGGAACUGGAGGUGUCCAGGCACAAAAUGGUCGCGGUUUUCGCCCGCAUAACGGGAAGAAAGGCAAAGGCGCCUGGGCCGGACGGAAUACACGCCUAGGUCUGGGCCCGGGCGUCUUCGAUAAUAGGGGAGGCACUUCGUGCCACAUAUACGAAGUGCCUCCGGGAAGGAACUUUCCCCAGGAGGUGGAAGAGGGCCCGGCUUAAAAAGGAGGGCAAGCCAGAGGAGAGCCCCUCCGCGUAUAGGCUCCUUUGUAUGCUGGAUGAUGCGGGCAAGAUCUUCGAGCGUAUCAUCGCUAACCGCAUCAUCCGGCAUAUGUCCCGGAAUAGUCCCGAUUUGUCCCCCGGACAAUUUGGAUUUCGAGAGGCGAGAUCGACCGUCGACGCAAUACGACAGGUCCGAUCCCUGUCGGAGUCCAUCACGGGGGACGGGAAGGUGGCGUUGGCGAUAUCCCUGGAUAUCACCAACGCCUUUAAUAGUAUCGCGUGGGGCGAGGUAGUGGCGGCGCUCAGCGAGCAUUUUCACUUGCCGCCCUAUCUCGUCGCCAUCGUUCGGGACUACUUCCGGGACAGGGUGCUGGAGUUCCGGGACAAAACUGGACUCCUGCAGCGGAGGAACAUGUCGUGUGGCAUUCCGCAGGGGUCAGUACUGGGCCCCCUGUUAUAGAACGCCACAUACGACAAGGUGCUCCGCGGGGCCCUCCCCCCCGGUUGCCACGUCGUCGGAUACGCUGACGACACGUUUGUGGUAGCCGGGGGAGCCUCCUGGGUGAUGGCGAUUGCUAUGGGCAAUUGGGCGGUGAACUGUGUCGUCGGUUUCAUCAAGAGCCUGGGCCUGAGGAUGGACCCGGAGAAGACGGAAGCCAUCUUUUUCCAUGAUGGCUCUUCCCGGGUACCGCCCCGAGCCUUCGUCCGGGUGGACAACACCCGGAUCCAAGUGGGGGCAACCCUAAAAUAUUUGGGGUUGCUAUUGGAUGGUCGCUGAGCCUUUGUCGAGCAUUUCGACAAACUGGCCCAGCGAUUCGGCAGGAGGACGGACGCCCUCCGGGGGUUGAUGCCCAACCUCCGAGGUCCGAGAGUCGGUGCGAGGCGCGCGUACACCUACGCGGUCAUGGCUGGGACUCUGUAUGGAGCCCCAGUCUGGUUCCGCGAGGCGCUGGCCAGCCGUCGCAUACGAGAAGUGCUGCACGGAGUGCAGCGGCGGCUGGCGCGAAGAAUUGUGCGCGCGUACUUCACCGUCCCUGGCGCGGCGACUAUGGUACUGGCGGGGCUCCCCCCGGCGGAAUUCACGGCCGACGCUCUGGCAUGGUCAUACGCCAGAGCGAAGACCGUCCGCCUGCAGGGGGGAGUGGUUACCCCCAGGGUCGCUGCGCUACUACGUGAGAGGGCACGCCGGCGGGCCAUUAGAGCUUGGCAAGAGAGCCUCGCCAACGACCCGCCGGCGGCACGAUCUCGGAUCUUGGAGGCCGUCCUACCCCACUUGGACAAAUGGGUAGGCCGCCUUUGGGGUGGCUUGUCCUACCGGACGACACAGGGGCUCACCGGGCAUGGCUGCUUCGGUGAGUACCUGUGCAGGAUACGCAAGGAGCCGACGACGCAGUGUCAUCAUUGCGAGGCGGACCGGGACUCUGCGCUGGAACACUGUCCAGCGUGGGAGGAGCUGCGCGGAGUCCUACGAGAAGUAAUUGGCGACGACCUCUCCCUGCGGGCCAUCAUUAGCCAGAUGGUCAGCAGGGAGAGGGCAUGGGUCGCGGUCUCCUCCUUCUGCGAACAAGUAAUGCGGCAGAAGGAGGAGGCCGAAACUAUAAGAGAGCGGAGGCCGGGGGAACGCAUGCCCCCCGGCGAAGGAAACAACGUAAGGGGCGGCGGGGACGGGGGCCACGACCCAUCUUGGCUCCCUUCCCGGCCGCCCCGAAGAAGAAGGCACGCCCCCCGCUCCCCAGGCUAACGCGGCCCGUCUGCUAAAAGGCGGCGGGAGGCCAGCAGAUCAGCUGCUGUCGCCCCCUCCCUCCCCACGAUUGAGGAGGAGGGGAGCGACAGCGCCAAUAUGGAGAUGAGGAGGCGAUUCUCCUCCCCUGAGGCUGCCGGCCCCGCCUUUGGGACACGCAGCCGCGGGAGGAGGGCUCCUCACAUCGUUGAGCCCGGCGAGGCAGAUCCGACCUGACGGUCCGGGGGGAGCGACCCUGCGACAUAACGCGGAGCCGCUCCCCCCGCUGCCUCACCGUGGUGGGGGGAGAGGGAAGGGUCUUCUCUCUCCCCCCCAGGGCAGAAUGUAGGGCCCUGCCGCCGUCAUCGCGGCGCAAAGAGGCCCGGAAACCAUCCGGCGGGGGCCGGACCCCCGGGCCGUACUCCCAACGACAACAGGGGAAGAGGCGGGGGAGGGACGGUGUCCCUCUCCACCGACCUAGGGCAGGCUAAGCCCUUAAGCCCUGCCAGGGGCGCCUUUUGUAAACUAAGGCGCCUCUGGCGAGAUGAGUCGGCCGCCAACUGGCCGACUGGGUCCGGGGGGCUCCGGAAGCAUGCUGCACGCGUUUCCGGAGCCCCCCCACUCAUGGGCCAGGGCAGGACACCCGGAGAGGUUUUAAUGGGUAUGUCCUCGUCGACAUAUCGUCGGUGGGGAAGAGCCCCACAUAACCACCAGGCCUCCCCCGGGGCCUGGGGUAUGCGGUAAUGCAUUUCCUCUCCGUUAUAAAAAAAAGGGGGGGCAAGAAAGGGAAAGGGGGACAAAGGGGCGCAAGGGGCUUUGCGGGAGAAGCCCCCUGCGCCUCCCAUAGAGCCGGCGACAGCGCCCGACCCCAAUGCGCCUUCAAGCGAUCGGAGCUGGGUCGAGGUUGUCAGCACCAGAAAGAAGAGAAAAGUGGACAGGGGGGGCCGAAGAGUGCCCUCCGUUUGUUCCACUGGAGAGAGCGGCUGGGGGGUGUUCUGGAUCGCAUGGAGAAGUCACGACUUGGCCAUCGGAGGCGGUGGCGCCUGUCGCCCCCUCAGCGGCCGAGCCAAAGAAAAAGAGGAAAAAAGAAAAGAAAAAUUAGGGAGGUCCGCCACAAAGUAACGUCCUCGCGGCGAGGAAGAGUCAAGUCAUCGGCGAUUCUGGUGACAGUGACGGGGGACGACGCCUCCUACGCGAGCGUUAUGCAACGGGCCCGCGAGUCAAUAGUCCUUGGGGAUAUUUUGUCGCAAGGUGGGAACGGGCUGCGGGUUUGCCGAGCCCAGACCGGGAGUCUCCUCCUGGAGAUCCCCGGCGAAGACAGCAGGCCAGCGGCGCAGAGGCUGGCCUCCGAGAUGCGGCGCGUUGCGGGGGGCCCGGACAUGCGGAUCUCUUACCUUUUGCGAAGAGUGGGGAUCCGCAUCUCGGGUUCGAUGAAUCGGUCACCCCGGAGGAGGUAGCCAUGGCGGUUGCCGACUCCGGAUGCUGCUUUGUGGCAGACCUGAGGGUGGGCCGGGUGACGCGCAGUCGGCGGGGGCUGGGCUCUGUCAUAGUGCAGUGCCCGGUCGCCGCUGCUGCGAAGAUCGUCCGGUCGGGAAGUCUGGCCCUGGGUUGGGUGGCGGCUUGCGUGGAGGUGCUUAAGGCGCCUCCGCUGCGAUGUUUCCAGUGCCUGGCACAGGGUCAUACGCAGCAUCGGUGCUCUGGCGGUAUCGACAAGGCCCGGUGCUACUUUAAUCGUGGGGCGGAGGGGCACACCCAAGCAGAAUGCGCGAAUAGGCCGUUUUGCCCGGAGUAAGGUAGCCGGGCAGAACGGCCUAUUAGAGUUGCCUCCAAAGGUAAAGCGCACAACCACCGCCCCGGCGGUGAAAAGUGCGCGCGGGUUUCCCCGGCUGUUCGGUCGGGGAAGAGGGCUCCCUCUCCUCCGCAGCAGGAGGAGGGCGGAGACCUAGAAGACGAUUGGCUGCUGUCUCCUCCGCCUCCCACCUCGCUCGGCACUCAGGCCGUAAAUGGUGGUGUGUUAGAGGGGCUGGUGGCUGAUAUCGACAUGGAGGAGACCCCUCCCGUAACGGAGGCCUCUGUGGGUGAGGCCUUGUCACGGGGGUGAUGGAGUUGUCGGAGUCGUCCGGAGCCUUUGGGGUCCAAACGAGUCCGCCGACCAAAAAGAGGUGCAAGGCACUCGACAAUCCGAGUGCCUCACACCUCCCACAAGCGAAGGUGGUGCUCGAGCCCCUCCCUCUCCCACAACGGGAGAAGCGAGUAAGAUUCUACUCGAGCAUUUCUGCCAAGAAAUGUUAAGACCCCGGGCGAAGAAGGCGUUGACGCCUUCUCUCCCAGGGUCGCCUAUCCUCGGAGAUGAUAGGGCCGUGGAGUGACCUCCUAGAGGGGAAGGGGGGGCUGUGACCGGACGAACGGACAUUAAUUUCUGUGUUUUUCACUUUACAGAUUAUCUCACCUACCUUUUGGAUUAAUUCUACAAAGAUCUCACGGUCGCCAGGUAAUUUGACCUACUAAUUACCAAGGUAAUUAAUUAAUUGAGUUCUUUCCUCUGUUUCAGGAAUCCUCGUACGUAAUUGGCCAGGCUUGUCCUUCCUGUCAACGUUUGUCGUGGGAUUGAUUACGCCGCUGCGUAAUGUUCGUCGUACACAGGUAAUGACAUGGAAAUGGGACUUAUCAAUGUCGGCUGCGCAAAUCAUUUAUGUCGGUUCACAUAAAAUAAUGUUUAUUGCACACACAUGAUAAUAAAAGAAAAUAAAAGUACAA